UUAGUUUGUUUUCAUAUACAGAGAGGUUUUGCAGUUUGUGGUGGUGAAGAGGCAGAAUAGUUAGAGAUAAACACUAGCUUCUACAAGUAACUGAGGAAGAUGAGGACUUCACCCAUUUUUGUGCUAGCAUUUCUGGUAUCUGCUCUCCUUGUUGCAGUAAUCUCACAAAAUCCAGUUGAGGCAGCUAGUGAAUGGUGUGUUGCUGAUCGUCAGGCCCCUAAAGAAAAACUUGAAGCCGCACUAAACUGGGCGUGUGGGCAAAGGGCCGAUGUCUGUCUUAAUGUACAACAAGGCCAGCCUUGCUAUCUCCCAAACACACUAGAAGACCACGCUUCCUAUGCUUUCAACAGUUACUAUCAAAAGUUCAAGAGUCAAGGUGCCCUUUGCAAUUUCGGAGGGAUUGCUAAAAUUGCCAACAUUGACCCAAGUUAUGGUUCAUGCAAGUAUGAUACUGCAAUGGCGUAAUUUGGAUAAUAAAGACCCAAUUGUCGUGAAUCAAGCUCAAGAGACAUCUAUUUUGAUGGAAAAGAACAACGAUCAAGACAAUUUGAUCUUCAAAAUUUAGCCAAAUUCCUUCGCCACGGCUUCAAAAGCAAGUUUCAACCAUUUUACCAGGUUUUGUUUUGUUAGUAAUAAUUUAUACGUUAAGAAUAUGUUUGGGUCGUCGUUUAUGGCAGAGACGUUUAUUUUGAAUGUACUUUCAGUAUUACGAUAAUCUCAAAUUUACAAUAAAUAAUAAAUGUUAAGUUCAUGUUGA